CAAGGCUUUAUCUGUUUUCCUAGUCCUUUAAAUUCUGUUUCUUGUUCUUCAUCCUCUUGAGAAUAUAAAAGUCAUGGGUUUCCAGUUGCCUGGAAUUGUUAAUGCCAAGAGAAGUCUCAUUCGAUCUCUAUCUAGUUCAAGCCAGACAGCUGAAUCAAAGACCUUGGAUAUCCCAAGAGGCUAUUUUGCAGUCUAUGUUGGAGAGAGCCAGAAGAAGCGGUUUGUGAUUCCAGUAUCAUAUUUGAAUGAACCUUUGUUUCUGGAUUUGCUGAGUCAAGCUGAAGAAGAAUUUGGAUAUGAUCAUCCCAUGGGUGGUAUCACAAUCCCCUGCAGUGAAGACACUUUCCUUCAUCUCACUUCCUGCUUAAGUGUGUGAAUGUAAGCGAAUGGAUCGAAACCAUCCAAACCAUCGUCAUUGAAAAACUCACUGACUCAAGCUGAAGAAGAGAAUUUGGAUAUGAUCAUUUCCA